UCCUCUGCAGGUUACACCCACUCCUCCCUUCUGCAGCCUCCUCUGCAUCCUCCCUCCCUCCCUCCGUCCCUCACGCUGUCACAAGCCAGAGAGGAUUCUUCUCCUCUGUCGUGAGGAAGUGAGAGAGCAGCUAGAAGAAGAAAACAGAUUUAAAGAGAGGCAGUUUGAGGAGAACAGACUUUAUAGGUCAGUCUGAGGAUUACAGAGGAACAGCUCAUGGUGUGUUCAGGGACACGGCGCGAGGGGAAUGAGACAACACGUGAAAAAAGUUCUGAACGAGAAGAAUAAUUAAGGAUGAGCUGGUUAUUGAUCCUCAAUCUAAGUCUUCUUGUUUGUUUUUACGACUGUAUAUCAGCCUUUACGUUGGAAAUAAAAACCCAGACGUAUGAUGAGUCCUACUACGAGUACGUCCCUGACCGCCUGCAGUGGGAUAGAGCACGGGAGGUGUGUCAUCAACGCUCCGGGACCUUAGCCACCGUCUCCGACACCAAAGACAACCAAGAGCUGACCAACUUUUUAAGUUCCUUGUACAUCUCUGACGCCGUGUGGAUUGACAGGAAAGUUACCAAACACCAGACUAGUUCCCCAGAGACCCUGAUUCUGGAGUUCACCGGGCGCUCAGACACCAAGUAUGCCCGCCUCCUACAAAGGUUACCUUCAAUGGAUUCUGUCACCGUUUGCACCCGUCUCCGCUUCGACCCGACCACCUUUGGAAUAUCCACCGUCUUCUCUUAUUCCAUUCAGUCUUACAUUAACGAGUUCCAGCUCCGGGCAAACCUGAUCCAGGGAAAGCCUGUUCAGCUGGCCCUGCUGGUCCACGGAGUUCACGGACGUUAUCAAGACGCCUUCGAGCAUGACGACUCCUGGCAUUCUGUGUGCGUUACUUGGAGCCAGGGCGGCGGGCGCUGGGCGCUGUUCACUCACGGCCUCGUGGUCGCUCGGGGGGACGGACUGAACAGUUCUGACAGCAUCGGCGGUGAUGGACAUUUUAUCAUCGGGCAGGAGCAGGACACCUUUGGGGGCUCGUUCAAGAAGGAUGAGUCAUUCUCAGGGAGCGUUACAGAUCUGCACAUAUGGGAUCGGGUACUGAACAGCAGUGAAAUCUACACCGUGGAAAAGGAGUGUUCACCCGCUCCCUCUGGGCUGGUGUUCAAGUGGAGGGAAGAUGCCAUGGAAAUAAACUCGACCCACACCAAGCAGGGGAGUCCAUGUCAAGGAAACAUCACCAUAUUAGCGAGUCCGCUGUUGGAAACCUUCUUGGACAGCAACACCUCCCUGAAUCAAGCCCUCUCCUUUGAGUUCCUCCACACCCCUCAGACUGAUGAGGUAUGUGGAUACUUUGACCCCGUUGUUGGGAGCUUGGACCUUGCAAAGUGUGACUCACACAGAGGGGCCGUCUGCCAGUUCAAAAAAGACAUCCUGGAUGUGAUCAUGUUACCAAAGACACAAUUCUUCAGCAGACUGAGUAAGAAUCCGCUGACCAGACACGUGUUUGAAGAACUGAGCGCUAACACAUCCAGUGAGAGACACCUGACCCUGCUCCAGCAGUCAACUCAGGCUGUUCUGCAGACAUUAGAAGCUGAUGGACCGAACCUCCUUCAAUCCAGUGACGUCCUCUACAUCACCCAGAUGAUGAAGAUGGACCUGACCGCUCUGGAGAGCUCUCACUCUGCUGGAGGGGAAACAGCAGAGGUCAUGAUGUCCAUCGCUACAAACUAUGUGAAGGCAGCGAGCUUGAUGCUGGAGCCUCACAUGGCGACACAGUGGAUGGGGAUGGCGGAGGAUGGGGUCAACGUUGGGCCGUUCACUAUCGUCAGGAGUAUAGACAGUGUGACUGAAGCGCUCGCAGGCAUGUUAUCCACUGAGGGGAAAGACUUCACUCUCUCUACCAAGAACAUAGAUGUGUUCAUGAAGUGGAAGGAGCUUUCAGAGGACAGCUCCAGUCAGGUGUUUAAACCCUCUGCCAUCGGCUCUCAUGUCAGCAGUAGCAGCGGUCAGGACGAACUGCUGAUCCCCGACACUGAGCUCCAGAGGAUUCACACACUGGGAUAUCAUGAAGUGAUGUUUAUUCACACACACUACAGCCAUCUGAGCCAGAUCGUGUCUGAGGCACAGGAGUCUCCGCUGAGUCCCCAUGAGACAGGAGAAAGUGUUCUUCCAGGUCAACUGACUUCUGCCGUCAUAUCAGCGUCUGUCCGCGACGCCUCCAAAGGUCAGACCAUCCCUGUGGCUGUGGAGUACACCCUGUCCUCCUCUCACGUGGUGGAGUAUUCUCAGCGUGUUUCCCCCGUUUGUGCCUUUUGGAAUUUCAGCCUCAUGCAUAAUUACACCAACAGCUGGUCCAGUGACGGCUGCAGGGUGACCUUCUCUGGCUCUGGUGUCACUUCCUGCUUCUGUAACCACACCACCAACUUUGCAGUGCUGAUGAAUUACCUGGAGUCAAAGUGGAGUCCAGAGGAAGAACUCAUCCUGACCAAGCUCACGUUUAUUGGCUGUGGAGCGUCUCUGUGUGCGCUCGUGGUGACCUUGAUGCUGUUCACCGUACUGGAUAUUCCAAAAUCAGACCGGACCUCCAUCCAUAAGAACCUGUUCGUGGCUCUGAUCUGUGCCCAGGUGAUUCUGCUGUGCAGCGGCUCGGCCAUCCACAACAAGGUUGCAUGCACACUUGUAGCAGCUCUGCUUCAUCUCUUCUUCAUGGCUGCAUUCAGCUGGAUGCUGGUGGAGGGUCUGCUGCUCUGGAGCAAAGUGGUCGCAGUGAACCUGAGCGAGGACCGACACAUGAAGUACUACUAUCUCAUCGGCUGGGGUCUGCCCGUGUUGAUCGUCACCAUCACACUAGCUUCAGCCUCAGGCAAAUACUCAGCUGAUGGCUACUGUUGGCUCAGUGUCCAGAACGGCAUCAUUUGGGGCUUCGCCGGCCCCGUCAUCUUCAUCAUCAUGGUUAACCUCAUGGUUCUGACCCGGGUGGUGGUCAUCACCAUCUCCACCGCCAAGAGAAGGUCCAUCAUGUUGGCCAUGGGCACGAGUCCUGUGGAGCAAGCCUAUGAACAGAUGAGAGCUGCAGUGAAAGCGAUCUUGGUGUUGCUUCCGAUCCUCGGUUUGACGUGGCUGUGCGGCGUCUUGGUGCCUUUCUCCAUCGUGAUGGCGUACAUCUUCGUUCUCCUCAACUCCUUACAGGGCCUGUUCAUCUUCCUGAUAUAUGGGGUGUACAACACAGAGGUUCGGAGCACGGUCAACAGGAUCAAGGAGAGGAGAAAAGCGCUUAAUUUUUCAAACUGUGCGAGCUCCAGACCAUCCAGCUCGGUCACCAGCUCUCGGCCGGGCAGCUUCCCUCUGGGAACCAGCCCGAGUCAGGAGGAGGAGACCACCAGGACUGACACCAGCAGCUCCAACCAAGGCUCAGGGAAGGAGGAGGAGAAGACCAGAGGUGAGUUUACAGACUGAUACUGUACGACCAAAACACAUUUAAGCUCUUGAUACAUACGGAGAAAACACAGACAGACCAGUAGAGGGCAGUAAGACAAGACGAAGGGCAUUCAGCAAAGAUGACACCAUAGAAGAAGACAGACAGGCAGGCAUGGAGGAGAUUCCCCUUGUGCUGUUUCUGAUCACACUUACUUCAGAUGGAUUCACUGAAUCAACUCUUGGAUGGAGACGAGCGCGAGUAGCAAAG